AUGUCGGGACAUGGUGGAUCACGCACGCCGCAGCGCUCCGGCUCGCGCCGGAGGAACACCCCAUCGCCGGCUCGUCGGGGACGAAGCCCGACACGGCGUGGUGGGAGAGAGCUGGUCAUCCACGAGUGGGUGGUCAGAGAUGGCGGCGCGGGCGCGAUCCCGAUGCUGACUCGGACGAACUACGUCGAGUGGUCAAUCCUCAUGAAGGUACAUCUUCAGGCUGCACGCCUGUGGGAAGCCGUCGAGAUGGGCGACGCCGAUCACCCUGAUGAUCGUACCGCACUGGGCGUCAUCCUCCGCGGCGUCCCGCCGGAGAUGCUGCGGACGCUGGCAGACACCGUCAAGACGCUUCGCAUGGGCGUCGAGCACGUGUGCGAGUCACGGGCUCAGGUGCUGCGCCGUGAUUUUGAAAAUCUCCUUCAAGGAGGGAGAGACAGUGGAGGACUUCGCGCUUCGCCUCACCGGCCUGAUCAGCGAUCUUCAGGAACUUGGCGACAACGUCGACGAGAUCAAGGCGGUGAGGAAGUUUCUGCGGUGGUGCCGCCUCGCUACGCCCAGGUAGCCAUCUCCAUUGAGACUCUUGUUGAUCUCAAAACACUGACAAUUGAGGAGGUGGCCAGCCGUUUUCUUGCCAUCGAGGAGCGCCUCGACCCCGACACCGGCGGCUCCGGCGGCAAGCUGCUCCUCACAGAGGAGGAGUGGCACGAGCGGGAAAGGCGACGGCAAUCAGGCGGAGGCUCGUCCAGCGGUGGAUCCAAAGGCGGCAAGGGGAAACCCAAGCCGAAGCCUCCCACCGGCGCCGGCGGAGGACAACCUCACGGCGGUGCUCCUAAACGCAAGGGGAACUGCCGCAAGUGCGGCAAGUGGGGCCACUGGGCACGCGAGUGCUACGGCAAGCCCAAGCAGGAGCGCCGCGAGGAGGCAAACGUGGCGCAAGUCGAAGAGGUCGAGGAGCCGGGGCUGCUCAUGGCGGUGCUCAUGCACCGGAGGAGAUCACAAUCGCAGCUCCGCAAGCCGUCUUCCUCAACGAGGAAAAAGUGGUGCCCAAGGACGUCGGCGAUGGCUCUUGGUACGCGGACACAGGGGCUAGCAGCCAUAUGA